AUGUCACAGAUGAUCCCUUUCGUCCAGUACACUCACAUGAACCGCACAACAAGUGCUGCCAAAAGCAGAGCAACAAUUAUAAAUCUAAAAAAUACAUAUUGUGUUGGAGACAAUAUGACUAUCCAGAUUGAUAUGUUUGACCAUGUGGGUAAUAGGAAGACACAUGGAGGAGAUUUCUUAAGAGCAAGAAUGUAUACAUCAGGACUUAAAGCAGCAGCCUCAGGGUGGAUUGAAGAUUUUAGUAAUGGUACCUAUCAUGUCCAUUUUACUUUAUUCUGGGAAGGAAGCAUCAGUUUCUCCCUGAAACUUUACCACCCAAGUGAAGGAGUGGCAGCGUUAUGGAAUGCAAGAAACCAAGGUUAUGGUUUAAUACAUUUUAUGGGAACAUUUGUGAGUGGGCAUCAAGAAGUAAAGAAUGAAUGUGGCUUCCAAUUGAAAGCAAAAGCGCUAUGUGAAUAUCACGAUGAGAGGAACAUGGAGCAUUUCUACUGUGUUAAACCUGAUAAUCUUCAGUGUGAAUCUCUGUCAUACCUUCAGUCAUCCAACACUGGAUUCUCGUUUCUUAGCAAAAUGGAACUAAAAAUAUUUAGCAGGUAA